AUUCCUUGGGGCGUGGUGCAGUCGUAUUCAACUGGGUACGGACUGUGCAGGUUACUGCAAUCGCAGACCUCGUAAAGCUGUCAUGAAUUAGUUUUUUUUUUUUUUUUUUUUUGAAAGGCUGUAUUCGCGAGACGGGUCUAGACUUUCGUCCAGACUCUUGUUUCGCACGGUACGACUGCACCACGCCCUUAGAGCGUGUUUCAGAAUCUCACACGUUUGAAGUAGCCUCAGCGCCCUUCUCUCCUCUACAAUGCGGCAGUAAUCUGAGCCCCCUCGAGGCGCGAUCCCAUCCCAAAAUCCUAUAAUCCCACAAUCCUUCAAUCCCAUAAUCCUAUAAUCCCAGAUUCACACAUCCCCGGAGUUGUCACCGUCCCAUGCAUGGCUCAGCGCCUCAAUCCUCGCGUUGCCGCCACCGCAGCUGCAGCCGCAGCCGCUGGGUCUACGGCCUCCAGCUCUGCGGGCAACUCUGCGAUUCUCGACCCCGACUCUGACGACGCUGUCGCCUCCUCUGCGGCGUCGCCGAUGACGUCGGCCGCCGCGUCGUCCGCGGGUGGAGGCGGCCAUGACGACAGCCCUGCGACGCUGAGCGACGCCGAGCGACGUCGCAUGGCGGGGCUGGGCGGCAGCGGGGUGAGCGUCGGCGGGGUGCCGCUGUCGCGGAGGCAUCGCACUGUGGCGGCGUUCGUGGUGAUGUCACUCGUGCUGGCUGCUUACGUCAUGGGUGUGGCUCCCUCCCUGCCGGGCUUGGGACGAGCUAUCUUCAGAAGGAACCGCGCGUCCGGCCCCUCGGACCCUCUCACGCGGUGGACGCGACGGCUGGCGGAGGGCGCAGCGCUGGCGGCCGUGCGCGAGGGCAUCCGCCCCCUGCCCUUCCGCGAGGGGCACGCGCUGGUGCGCCCGAAGCGCCGCAAGAAGCAGGCAGAGGGGGACGGCGAGGGGGGGGGAGGGGGAGGGGGGGGGGAGAGGGUGCAUGUGGCGGUGGUGAGCCAAGGGGCGCAGCGGAACGCGCUGGUGCUGUCUCAGCUGCGUCUGCUGAUGUCAUCAGUGGCGGCGCACACCAGGUGCCCCCUCACCUUCCACCUCGUCAUCCCCCGCACCGACCUCAACGCCACUCUCUCCGCCCUCCGCGCCUUCCCUGCGGUGCGCAUCCACCCCCUGCCAAAUCCUUUCAUCACCAUCACCUCCCCCCUCUCCACCAACGCCAGUGGAACAACCACCGCCAGUGCUGCUGAUGGCAGUGCAGCAGCUGACGCUGCUUCCUCCGCUGCGGGAUCUCUCCAGUUUGACGCUGUCGGUGCUUCAUCCGGGUAUCAAGAGUCCAAAUCAGAUCUUCGGAAACUGUCUGCUGUGCCGUUCCUCCUCGCCAUCCACUCUCUCCCCACGCGCUGGCUCGGGGCCCAAGCCAGGCUCCUAGGCACGCAUCCGAACCUGUCUCCCGACGGACCUGCUGCGUUGGGUCGGUUUCUCUUAGCGGAUAUCCUUUGGCAGGUUGACGCCGCGAUUUUGAUGCAACCAGAUGUGAUUGUAGGGGGGGACGUGCAAGAACUAUGGAACAUGAUCGAGAAGAGCAAGGGAACGAGCGAUCUUCUGUCUCUGAUUGUUCCCCUAGAGGAGGUACAGGUGGUGGGGCGUGGGGGGGAAGAGGAGCAUUUGCAGCAGCGGCAGCAGCAGGGAGGGUUGUUGGGGAUGGGGGGGUGGUGGAGGAGAGCUAGAGCUCGUAUAUCGCUUGAUACGAUGCGAGUGGGGAAUGGCGUGCUGCUGAUGAACCUGGAACGGCUCAGAUUGCAUGGCACAGGCAAGCUUCUUUCCCGUGCGCUGCAACACCGUCCUCUCGCCUCCGAGCCCCUCUUUGACCACGACCGCCUUGAAUCCUCCCUCUUCCACGUCGUCUGCCACAAGUUCCCACGCACCUGUGCCCCUCUAUCCCCUCUUUGGGCUAUUGACGGUUGCUCUCCCGGUGUUCCUUUUUCCGGAUUCUCUUCUCAUGGCCGAGAUGCUGCCACAGGAAUGUGCUGGAUGCUUGUGCACAUGCAUUGCCAAGCACCUGUGCAUGCAGAUAAUGUGAUUGAGGUGAAAGGGACGGGACAAGGAGGGGAAGUGGAGGGUGGCUAUGGGGGUUUGAAGGGAGGAGAGGGGAGGGAGCAGGAGAGGGAGGAUGUUGCAUCUGUGUAUCGGCUGCCAGAAGGGUCUGGAUGGGAAGAGGCUGUCCAGUUUGCAAUGAACUACUUCGCAGCAAAUGAUGGGGAUGCCAGGGGGAGAUAGUUCAAAUGGGAAACUCACUCUCCCUGCACCUGUCCUGCAUGAUAUUUGUGACACUUUCUGAUAGGAGAACAUGCGAUAUGCACUUCAUUACCAUGUCAGUAUCAAUCAACCUAGUGUGUCAGCAUGUGGCCUUGGGGAGUGUGCUUUGAAGCUCUUCA